AUGGCAGCAUAUUUUCACCCUUCCAACCCCCACCAGGUUCCCAACCCACUCUCCCGAACACCCUGGCAAGCAGGGUGCAAAAAAGGGACCCACCAUCAUCCCACUUCCCAACCUCCCAACCACCUCCCCACAGCUGCAAUCUGCUUGAGUUUUCUUUUCGUUUUUUUUUUUUUUUUCCACUUCUUUUCGUUUUUUUUUUUUUCCUGGUUUUUUUUUUUUUUUUUUUUUUUUUUUUGA